AUGCCUCGUGGUCAUAAGAGUAAGCUCCGCGCUCGAGAGAAACGCCGCCAAAACCGAGCUGAGAAACAAGGUGAUAUGAGUGCUCAGGCCCCUGCAGGAGAGGAAGGAGAGGCUGCUUGCUCCUCCUCUUCCGUUUUGGGGGAUGGUCCCUCAACCUCCACUGGUGCUGGCAUUCUCCAGGCGCCUCAGGAUGCCCCAGCCACCACCAGUGCUGCUGCAGGUGCUUCGGGUGAAAUAUCUGAUGUAAAAGCCAAAGGCCAGGUUCAGAAAAGUAAAAAAGUCUCCCAGGUCUCAACCUCCACUGAGAGCUCUGGCCAACGUCUACUAAGUAAGAAGGCAACUAUGUUAGUAGAAUACCUGCUUUAUCAAUAUAAAAGAAAUGAGCCCAUUAGAAAGAGAGACAUGCUGAAGAUCAUCCACAAGUGGUUCUGGAAGGACUUUCCUGAGAUCCUCAGGAAAGCCUCUGAGCGAAUGGAUAUGUUCUUCGGCCUGGAAUUGAAAGAAGUUGAUCCCAAAGCUAAUACCUACACCCUUGUUGUCAAUCAAGAUCCGAGUCUGAGCAGCGGCUUCAGAUAUCCUACCAAAGGGCUUCUGAUGCCUGUCCUGGGUUUUAUCUUAUUGAAUGGCAACCGUGUCUCUGAAGAGAACACCUGGGUAUUCCUGAAUACUUUGGGUAUCUUUGCUGAUAAGAGUCACUUAUUAUUUGGGGAGCCCAGAAAGCUUAUCACCCAAGAUUUGGUGCAGGAGGAAUACCUGGUGUACCAGCCGAUGCCCAACAGUGAUCCUCCACGCUAUGAGUUCCUGUGGGGUCCAAGAGCCCAUGCUGAGACCAGCAAGAUGAAAGUCCUAGAGUUUUGGGCUGAGCUCAAUGAUACCGUGCCCACGACCUUCCAAGUGCAUUAUGAAGAAGCUUUGAAAGAUGCAGAGGAGAGAUCCAGAGAUGAAGAUUCACCCUAG